ACACGCUUGAGCUGAAAUCCACCGAGGAAGGAAGACGCAACAAACCAGACUUGCAUACGUCCCAAGCUCCCAUCACAACUAGCGCAAGACUGAGCAACCAUGUCUCUCGUGAGGCGCAGCAGCGUGUUCGACCCCUUCUCCCUCGACCUCUGGGACCCCAUCGACAGCGUGUUCCGCUCCGUCGUCCCGGCCACCUCCGACAACGACACCGCCCCCUUCGCCAACGCACGCAUCGACUGGAAGGAGACGCCGGAGUCGCACGUCUUCCAGGCCGACCUCCCCGGCGUCAAGAAGGAGGAGGUGAAGGUGGAGGUCGAGGAGGGCAACGUGCUGGUGAUCAGCGGGCAGCGCAGCAAGGAGAAGGAGGACAAGAACGACAAGUGGCACCGCGUGGAGCGCAGCAGCGGGCAGUUCAUGCGGCGGUUCCGGCUGCCGGAGAACGCCAAGGUGGACCAGGUGAAGGCCGGCCUGGAGAAUGGCGUGCUCACCGUCACCGUGCCCAAGGCCGAGGUGAAGAAACCCGAGGUGAAGGCCAUCGAGAUCUCCGGCUAAUUAAGCCAAUGAAAUGGUGAAUACGUUCGUCGGUCGAGGCAUGUCGUGUUUCGCUGUGAACUGCAUGCUUUGGUGUGUGCUACCGCUGCUUUGUCUGUCAUGGUUUGUACGAGUCCUAUGAACUGUACUCUGUAUUUACUGUGUCGUUAGUGCUUUCGCAUGAAUGAAUAAAAUCAACUUAUUGGA